AUCAUUUGCCGCUGCAGCUGACGACCGCCAAUGUGGAUGGAGCGUUCGAAAUUGACAUUCAACUGCUGACAAAUGGCUACGACGGCACAACGCUGACAUCGUACUAUAACGAGACGAGCUGGACAAAUGCUUCUGAAAUGGAUACAAUAGUGGGUGAGGAACCGGAACAGCUCUCGCUUGUGUCAAUUGUAGUUGUUGGCAUCUUUUUAUCGGUGCUGAUAUUCCUCUCCGUAGCCGGCAACAUACUCGUCUGCCUGGCCAUCUACACGGAGCGCAGCCUGCGACGCAUUGGGAAUCUGUUUCUGGCCUCAUUAGCGAUUGCCGAUCUCUUUGUGGCAUCUCUGGUAAUGACAUUUGCGGGCGUCAACGAUUUGCUGGGUUAUUGGAUCUUCGGUGCAGAGUUUUGUGAUACUUGGGUGGCCUUUGAUGUCAUGUGCUCGACAGCAUCUAUUUUGAAUCUGUGCGCCAUCUCCAUGGACCGUUACAUACACAUUAAGGAUCCGCUCAGAUAUGGCCGCUGGGUAACACGUCGCGUUGCUGUCAUCACCAUCGCUGCCAUUUGGCUGCUGGCCGCAUUCGUUUCGUUUGUGCCCAUCUCGCUGGGCAUACACCGGCCCGACCAGCCGCUGAUUUUCGAGGAUAAUGGCAAGAAGUAUCCAACAUGCGCACUGGACUUGACGCCCACCUACGCCGUCGUCUCAAGCUGCAUCAGCUUCUACUUUCCCUGCGUUGUCAUGAUUGGCAUUUACUGUCGACUCUACUGCUAUGCCCAGAAGCACGUCAAAUCAAUUAAGGCAGUGACUCGGCCCGGCGAAGUGGCCGAGAAGCAACGCUACAAGAGCAUACGUCGGCCCAAUAAGCAGCCAAAGAAGUUUAAGGUGCGCAAUCCGCAUCACAACUCGCCCUACCAUGUGUCCGAUCACAAGGCCGCCGUCACCGUGGGCGUCAUCAUGGGCGUCUUCCUCAUAUGCUGGGUGCCCUUCUUUUGCGUAAACAUCACUGCGGCCUUUUGCAAGACUUGCAUUGGCGGCCAGACCUUCAAGAUACUCACCUGGCUGGGCUACUCGAACUCCGCCUUCAAUCCGAUUAUCUACUCGAUUUUCAACAAGGAGUUUCGCGAUGCCUUCAAGCGCAUUCUGACCAUGCGCAAUCCCUGGUGCUGUGCCCAGGACGUGGGCAAUAUACAUCCGCGCAACAGCGAUCGCUUCAUUACAGACUAUGCCGCCAAGAAUGUGGUGGUCAUGAACUCGGGCCGCUCCAGCGCCGAACUGGAGCAGGUGUCUGCGAUUUGA